GGUAGCACAGCUCGACUCGAGUGAAAUCGACAUCAGGGAAGACGUCGAGGGACCUUGUGCAACCGACGGCAACGGGGAAAUUUCUCCCGAGUUGAUGUGGGAGGUGCAGGAACGCCUUAUGGCUCCCAAUCAGGACGAACGCGAAACGCUUCAGGGCGAUGCGGAAGCGGCGCAGCAGCAAGAAGCAGAGUCCUGUGGUGACGGCGGCAGUGCCUUGAAGAAGCGGAAAACUGAAAGUGCAAGCGAUUGGAGAAAUCGGAGCGGCAAGGAGCUUCCGGCACAGAUGACACUACACGACAAUGACGAGAAGUUGCUCGAAAGCGAAGGGGAUACAUUUUCAACGGGG